CCCGUGGGCAAAGAUUGCGAAGCUCUCAACAUAUAUCUAGAACACGCACGCAAGAUACUCACAACCCCACACUGCCAAACAGUCACCACGGCCCUCUUCCUCCCUCGACGUCUGUCACCUCCAAGGUAGACCCCACGCAGCCCCGGUGGCCCCCACAGCCCCUCCAUCUUGACACCUCGCACCACCAUCAUCAUUCUUCACCACCACUGUCUGUGCCACCACCGACUAUCGCUAGUCGGUACAGCCUGCAACACUCCCAUACGCUAGCUCUUGAUACAACCGCUCGCUCGCACGCAUUGCCACGCACGCCGCACGCUAUCUUGCCCACCAGUGUUGGACGCAUCAUCAUCGCAUACGACUGCCGCCACUAGCAGCAGCAGCAUUGCAUCGCAUCUUAGUCGACGCUUCCACAGCCAGCAGCCGUCGUCAGCAUCACACGCAUCGCAGCCUCUGUCGAUCCGGCGGGAAAACCAAAUCGACCCUGUGGCUCUAUUGCGCCAAAGUCAACGUCGCUGAUUAUUGUUGACGUCGUUGCGCGUCAGUCAAAGCAGCCAGUCGGCCCACCUAGCCCCGCCAGCCGUCAGCCAGCCAGCCAGGCGCCCAUCCCGCCAAGGCGCGCCCCUUUGUUCAGGAAGCAAAAGAAAAAAAAAAAAACUUGCCGAGGGUCCGGCAUCUCUCUCGUCUCGGUGCAUUCGUCGCCUAGCGCCUAGCCGCCUCGCCUCGCUCCUCCGGCCCGGCUCUCACCCCACCCCACCAUCUCCCACCGAUUUGGCAUAUUUGGUUCCGCACUAUUAGUAUUUGGCGGCCUCCUGCUCGUUCCGAUUUCAGUCUCCGAUUGAUUCCGCAAAUCGACUUGGGUUGAGAUUGAUUUUGGACAAUAUGGCUGUCCUCGCAGCCGCACCGCCGACAUCAUCAUCAUCAUCACCAACAUCAACGUCGACCAGAGUCGCGCCGUACCCACCAACAAAGCCUCUGGCAAUGUCGGCAACGACAACACAAUCAACCCAGAACUGGGCGCGCAAGGCAAGAGAAGCCUCGGACGCGUCCGGUUCAGUAUCGGCUUCAUCUCAAGCAUCAGACACGUCGCCAGUCCAGCGCUUGAAGCCACUCAAGGCAUCGCCGGCCCGGACAAAGACCCGUCCUGACGGCAAGGUCGCCAGGAAAAAGGUGGCAAAGGCCUGCCUCGCCUGCCAGAAGAGCCACCUCACUUGCGACGAAUGCCGCCCAUGUACCCGCUGCACCAAGAAGGGCAUCGGAGACCAGUGUGUCGAGGGUGUGCGCAAGAAGGCCAAGUACCUUAUGGAGGGCGACGAGCGGGCCGCCCCAGCGGUUCCCGCGAUCCCCACGGCUCCCACUGCCACCGUCACCGCCACCACCACCACGACGUCGACCGCGCCGCCUGCUCCAGUACCUGCCCCAGCGUUCAACACGUCCCCCACGACCGUUCCAUUCGGGGGUGGCACCAUCCCAGUGUCCAUGCUCGGCAACGUCAGCGUGCCUGCAGCAGAACCCGUGCGCGUUCCCGACAACAUCUGGCUCACGGCGCCUCUGCCAGAAGUGCAGCCUGCGCCCGUGCAGCUCACCGACUGGGCCAUUCCUGCCAACGACCCGUUCAACUUCUCGGCUUCCGCUGCUGCCAACCUCGAGUAUGAAAUGUUCGACUCAAUGUUCGGCUCCAUGUCCCCUUCGUUCCCGCUCGGCGAUCUUGGCACUGGCAACACAACCGACGGCUCGACGCCUUCCCUGUGGUCAAACUUUGGCCUGCCCGACCCCAGCAGCAACAACAGCAGUGACAGCAACGGCGUGCUCCUCACGCCCCAGGCCGACCCUCCCAGCUCGCUCCAGCCCAUCCUGGCGACGGACCAGUCGCCUUCGAACCCGCUGUACACGAACGGCAACAACUGGAGCCAGGGCGGCGUGUUCGAUGACAACAACCCGCUCGGCGGUGGCCUCACUGGCGGCAUCGACUUUGCGCCGAUCCUGCCCAAGAAGCUCACGCCUUCCGACGUCUACAACAAUGUUGUCAAGCCAUACGACUACACCGAGGGCUACCACUCUCUUAUGGAGUACCUGACGCAAACAUUCGACAAGCCCGACAUUCUUCGCGUCGUCCGCGCCUUAGCCGCGUUCCGCCCCAGCUUGAUCGCGCUCCAGAUGCCCAUGACGGAGGAGGACGAGAUCUUUGUCGAGCGCUCGUUCCAGCGCACGCUCAUCGAGCUCGAGAAGCUCAUCUCGUACUCGGCCACGCCCACGGCUGUCUGGCGCCGAACUGGCGAGAUUGUCGCUGCUGCUCCCGAGUUCUGCAAACUCAUUGGCAAGACUGAGGAGGAGCUCGUCCGCGCGCGGACCUGCAUCUACCAGCUCAUGGCCAAGCAGAGCACGAUCGACUACUGGGAGAACUUUGCCGUCCACGCGUUUGAGAACACUACGCAAAACUUCUUCCAGGCGACCACGCUCGUCAACGGCGCCAAGAGCACGCCCUGUGCGGCCUGCUACACGAUCCGCCGCGACGUGUUUGACCUGCCUUCGGUCGUCAUUGGCCAGUUCUUGCCCAUCCCGGCAGAGGCCUUGAACGGCGCUGCCAACAGCACCAACAGCAAUUCAGAGUAGAGGGGACAAUCAGCAGUAGCGCAUCGCACGGAUUGUACAGUAGUGUAUCAUGUUGAUUAAUUAUGAAGGCUUGAUGAGCAGCA